AUGGCUGCUGGACUUCCAUUACUUCGCACAAGGCUUUUUGGUGCUGGCCGUCGCUUGCUGUCAACCGAAGCUUCUGUUCCUCCUUUGUCUGCUGUUCAACGGCCUGUUAUUGUACGCCAGGUUGGAUAUGUUCGUGGCGGUAUGUUUGGAUUUUUAUUAGGAGUGACAGUCUCUAGUGGUGUUGCCUAUGGUUAUCUUCUAGACGACUAUCAGCAAUCAACUACCAGUCUUCUUGCUGGCGUAGAUAAUGUCCAGUUAUCUGCCAACAAGAUCAAGUCUCAAACUUCAAAGAUCGAGGUGCUUGAAAAAGAACUCAAAUCUGCUACAAAGAGCUACUCUACCAAGAAAGAGUUUGAGAAUUUACGUAACGAGCUACUCAAGGCAAUUGACGACGUUCAUGUAUCGCAUUUGGAGCUCAAGACCCAGGUUUGGGAAAAACUUUCAAAAGAAUAA